CAAUGUUCAAGUGGAAAGGAUGUGUUGAAUGUGUUUAGGGAGAAUUGUCAACACAGCAGCAGUAUCAUGGUUUACAAUAACUCUUGAGUCCACAGAACAACCUUUUGUAUAUUCACAUUCAUGUUCAUAAUGACAAUAAAAAGUCAUACGAGUUUGGAACAACAUGAGGCAGGUGAAAAGAUGUCGAGGAGAGUUGGCUGCUUCUUCCGUUCCCCUCUGCGCCGUGUCUUACUGCUAAUUUGUCUGUUUAUGAUCUCAUGCUUGUUCGUGUAUGGUAGCUCAUCUGUCAGCUACUUCCUACGCCACAUUGGUCCAAUCAAAUCAGAGCAAAGUGAGGUUCUGAUUCUCAUCUGGAUCUGGCCUUUCAAUAUUUCCUUUGACCUAGACAUCUGCAAGUCACAGUUCAAUGUAGACGGCUGUCGCCUCACAGUAGACCGUGAGCUGUACAGUAAAGCCGACGGUGUCCUCAUUCAUCACCGAGACAUUAACUGGGACCUCUCCAAUUUGCCCGCAUCACCACGCCAUCCACACCAGAAAUGGAUCUGGAUGAAUUUGGAGUCGCCGUCAAACACGCUUCAGAUCCCUCAUCUGGAUAACCUUUUUAACGUCUCGCUCAGCUACAGACAGGACGCGGAUAUCACAGUACCAUACGGUUGGGUUGUUUCAACCCGUCAGGAACAGAAGGACUUUAUUCCCCCAAAGAAGAAAAAAAUGCUCUGUUGGAUUGUCAGCAACUUUCAGAUUAACCACAGGAGGGCGCAAGUAUACGACGAGCUCAGGAGAUACAUGGACAUCCACACCUUUGGUGGCUCCUUUAACCAACCUGUUUCUGAGGAGAGUUAUAGAGAGAUCAUAGCCAGCUGUAAAUUUUAUCUUUCGUUCGAGAACUCGGAGCACAAAGACUACAUUACCGAAAAACUCUACAACGUUUUACAGCUCGGCGCCGUGCCUGUGGUCCUCGGUCCAUCUAGACAGAACUACGAGCGAUUUGUCCCACAAGAUGCAUUCAUCCACGUCAAUGACUUUCCCUCUAUGAGAGCUUUAGCGAAGUAUCUGCUUUUUUUGAGCAGGCAUGAGGAACUGUACGGGCGGUACUUCAACUGGAGAAGACAUUUUGAAGUGAAAAUCAGCUCUUUCCCUGCAGAGCAUGCUUGCUACAGCUGUGAUUACAUCAGGCGACACAAAGAGUAUCAAGUGCUUAACAAUCUUUAUCAGUGGUACUGGGGUAUGAAUGUGGAAGCAGAUGAGGCAUGGUUUAGGCCAUACAGAAAAAGGCUUGCAAACACAUAAUCAGAAGUCCUCUGCCAUACUUUAACAAAUCGUGAAGGAGUAAGUUGCGUCUGCAAAAAGAAAAAUGGCUUCAAAAGGUUCUUCACAGCGAUGCCAUAGAAGAAUCUUUUGGUUCUAUAAAGAAGCUUUAACAUCUGAAGAACCUUUCUGUUUCACAAAAGGUUCUUUGUGGUGAAAAAGGUUCUUCAUAUUAUAUAAAGUAAGAAAGAGAUUCUUUGUGGAACCAAAAAUUGUUCUUCCGGCAUCGCUGUGAAGAACCUUUUAAGCACCUACAUUUGAAUAUGAUUAUCAAACGUUAGUUUCACAUGUGUAAACCUAAAUGUUUAUAUCGCUAGACGAACACAUACAAUACAAAGGCAUUAACUUUAGCUUGACAUCAAACGGUGCAAAUAAUAAUAUUUUUUAAGGAUUUAAUUCUCUGCGUUUUUUGCAACCAGAGCAUCUUGGAAAACCCAUAUGAUUCACAGAUGAAAUGUUGACUGCUUCAAGAUGGCGGAUACUUUGACGUGUUUGGAAUGAUCGUGCACUUACAUGUGCACUAACUCAUUAGAUUGAAAUCAUAUUUGAAUUAUUUUUAUAAUAUUUAUAUUUUAAUGAAAUCCUCACACUGUAUUUCUGUACUAUUCAAGAUUAUCUCAUAAACCUAUAAAAUCGGACACAUUUACAAUAAAGUUCUGUCUAAGAUGUAUAAACGAGGUUCGAGACAUACCUAAAAUCAACCAGAAUGGGUCCCAUUAGUUUAUGUAAUCUGUUUCCUUAACAGGAUUUUUUAUAACAUAAAUGUAGAAUGGGAAACUGAUGAAAUGAGAAGUCGGCCUUCCUUACCUGAAGAGCUGGUCUGAGGAAAGGUGAAGAAACGAGCAGGACUUGUGACAUUACCAGAACGAACAUUGUUUCAGAAGAUAACAAAUUGUUACAUAUUGAAGAAGCUAUAAUCAUUUUGUCUUCUUUGGGAGUAUUUUUA